AACAAUUUUUUGGUGUGAAAAACAUUUUUAUUUGAUCUUUUCAAAUAAUUUGUUAAUUAUCAAAGUGUAAUAAUAACACCUAAAAUUAAAGGAGUUUGUUCACACCAUUAUUAUUAAAAUUCAUUUGAAGAUGUUGUUGUUUGAUUUUAUGAAUUCUAAAGAAUAUUGCAUCUUUAUGUCGUGGCAAAAGAAUAUCAAAACAUCAAACGUAACAAAGUUAAUAAGACAAAUACUCAAUGCAAAUUGUUUUUACUCAUUGUCCCCAUAUAUACCAGAACAAUUUUAGAGAAUAUCAUACUAUAGGUAUAUAUUGUUACUCUGUCAAAAUGCCCCCAAAACAAAUAUUUUUGUGUAUUGAUUCAAAUUGUAAAAAAAAGCAUGUUAAUAGUUCUGAUUUUGCUGUUUCAUGUGAUAAUUGUGGAUUAUGGCAGCAUAUUAGAUGUGGUGAUACUGGAAUCAGCAGGAAAGAGUAUAAGCAGGCUGUAGAACAAGGGCUUGACAUUCCUUUCAAGUGUAUCCCCUGUCUUCUGCAAGAACAAAAUGUUAUUAAUGAUGCAUCACGAGACGACACUCAGGAAAUGGAGCCCAUGGACGUCCAACUACAUGAUGACCUUGAACCUGAGCCUUCACUUGUUGAUCUGAAUGAGUCUCUUGAUGAUGCCACACCAGAGGACACUCACGAAAUGGAGCCCAUGGACGUCCAACUACAUGAUGAACCUGAACCUGAGCCUACACUAGCUGAUUUGAAUGAGUCUACUACCAUUGAGUCUGAACCCGAGCCUGAACCUGAGCCAGAGCCUGAAAUUGUCAACGCCAACGACAGUAUUACCAUUGACACACCUUUUGAGCGUCCCCAAGAGAUUGUCGAGAAUUCCAUACAAGAAGCGCCACUUAACACGUCGAUCGUAGAAGAGCAACCCGUGGUCUUCCACCAUCUCCCAACAGGUAGCAAGCACGGCAACCCUAUCGUCAUCAGUACAGAUGGAUACUCGUACUCAGUCUUUAAGACGUUGAAGAAUGGCGGUACAAUCUGGCGAUGUAGUGUCAGGAACAAGAAUGUGAAGUGUCAGGCGAAGCUCACAAGUAAUGGCGACAAGUUUGCUCGAAACAGCACCAACCAUUGUCAUCCCGCUGAUCCAAGUCUGCUGUACAAGAAGGAAAAAUCUGUGAAAAUCAAGGAAGACUCUUCAAACCAUCUGUACCACUCCGCUAUGGACUUGGCGAGAACUGCUCUUUCUGACAGGGGUACCCGCCCAAACCUGCCAACAGCAGAGUCCCUCCAGAGGAAGGCCAACCGUCACAGAAAGAGCCAAAGACCGUCAGAGCCAACUAACCUGGAGUUUGCAGUGAAUCAAGACUAUCUGAACUGCGGGGACUACAUCAUAGCCGACCUGCGUGUUGACAGGGAACGGCACAUCCUCUUUUCCACACCAAGGCAACUGGAAAUACUACGGUCAACCAAGCGCUGGUUUAUGGACGGGACCUUUAAAGUAAGUGUUUAUUUAAUUGUAUAUUCUCUUUCAGGCUUUGGGGAUUUUAAUAGUACCAAUACAUAUGGCAAUUAUUUUAUUUAACUAUGUUUUAUA